UUUAAUCGUUUGAUGUUGUUAGCUUAAUUCAAAGCACAUGUAUAAAAGUUCAAAAAAAGUAAAACCCUUAUUAAAAAUAGUGACCGUGCUUUGCAUUUGGCGGGUUAUAUUCUACAUGGCUCAGAGGACACUUAUUAUUGGUAGUAUAGCCAGAUUAUCUUUUUAACAGUAUAAUGUAAUGUUUGAUAUGAUUGGUGUAUGUCACCAUAGAAACCAUCUAGUCGUCAAAACUUGAGUUGAUACUUCAUAUUUUUAAAAUUCAGAGAUUUUAUACCCGCCCUUUUUUCGAUAAGCUUAGAGUGAUUUCUGUAAACAAGAUCCCCUACUUCCGAGAGAGGUAAACGAUCAAACAGGGAGUGUUGAGGCGUUUGAUUAUUCGCCUCUGAAUUGCAAAGCUUUGGAACGUAUCUAGAGCCAAGUUGAAACAAUGCGCUUGUAUCACAGAAUGAAUGAGUGAAUUAGAAUUUCAUUUACAGGUUAUUGAAAGACAGAGGUAACAAACUAUAGAUAAUGGGGAGGAGAAUAAUCAAAAUCAAAAUAAAAUGAUUGGAAUUCGCAGCAGUUAUGAAGGCGUUUAUAUUUCAGGAUUCAGAGGUGAGCAGAGUAGUCAAACUUAACUUGGUGAUUUCCAUUGGCCAGUUAAGUACUGCGAAUGGGAUAGGUCAGCUGCAGCUUAUUUAUAAUACUCAAUGUGAUAUAUUUCUAUAAAUAAGAACACCUUCCAUCUAUAGUUGAGUAGUUUUCCUGUUGACUGGUUGGAGAUUGUCCAAUAGAUCUCUCCACAGUCGGAUCUCUGCUGCCCUCUAACGGCGUUCGCCACAGGCGCACGGAAUCCGUGACGUGAGGACCAUCCCGAGGAGGCGAGGUUUUCAAGUGAUUGAAAAGUGUUAUUGAAGCUUCAGCACCCAACUGCUUGAACAGAUUUUCAGUAGUGGUCAGCUUCGGCGACUCUUCUUACCAGUGCAUGAAUUAGUGUGUGUCUGUAUGUGUCUGUGUCUCUGUGUGUGUGUGUGUGUAUGUGCAGAAGGGAGGGGGAUAAUAUUACCCCGGGACUGUGCAGAUGCUGAGCGGUGAAACUGUGCAGGAAAAGUUGCAGCCACGAUUGAAUGGGAGUCGGUAAAGAAGAGAGAUGCCACCAGGAGAAGGGAGUCUAACGGGGCUUCAGUCAAGCUCAAAAUGCGAAGGGGAAGUGAGCUUGGCCAGUUACCCUGCAGGACUCGGUCAUGGAGCAUGAACGACCCCGGGAUGGGCUCCCGCAGGGUCCGAGGCGCUACAUGGGAAGCCUUCUGACACAUUGGCACGACGCGAGGGCUUGAAGAGGCUGAAGUUGGCAAACUCACUCACAUGGAGACGGCAGUUCUUCUAAGAUGACUUUUUCUGAGUUUACUAAUGAGAGCUUCCAUGGGAACUAUUCGAAUGCGUCCGCAAUUAACUAUGGCCUGUCCCCGAAUGAGUCCAUCACCGCCAACAGAUCCGGCCGCCCGGAGGAGCUGGAUGUCAACCAAGCGGUGGCCCUGGGGGUUAUCCUGGGUGCUUUCAUCCUGUUCGCCAUUGUGGGCAACAUCAUGGUCAUUCUGUCAGUGGCCUGCAACCGGCACCUGCAGACGGUGACCAACUAUUUCAUCAUUAACCUGGCCAUCGCUGACCUCCUCCUGAGUACCAUCAUCCUGCCCUUCUCGGCCAGCCUGGAGAUCUUUGGCUACUGGGCUUUCGGGAGAAUCUUCUGCGAUGUCUGGGCUGCAGUUGACGUCCUGUGUUGCACGGCCUCAAUAAUGAGCCUCUGUGUCAUAUCCAUUGACCGCUACAUUGGCGUGCGCUACUCUUUGCGCUAUCCAACCAUCAUGACCGAGGUGAAGGCGGUGCGGAUCCUGAUCAUCCUGUGGGUCACCUCCAUCGUUGUCUCGGUGGGUCCUCUCCUGGGCUGGAAGGAGCCUGCCCCGGACGAUGAGACGGAGUGCAGCAUCACUGAGGAACCGGGUUACGCCCUGUUCUCCUCUCUCUUCUCCUUCUACCUCCCGCUCAUGGUGAUCCUGGUCAUGUACUUCCGAAUCUACGUUGUAGCCAGGCGGACCACCAAGAGCCUGGAGGCCGGGGUGAAGAGGGAGCGGAGUAAGACCAUGGAGGUUGUCCUGAGAAUUCACUGCAAGAGCGUGCUGGACGAUUCCAACCCCAGCUUCAAGGGCAAGGGACAUCACUUGCGCAGCUCCCUCUCCAUGCGGCUCCUCAAGUUUUCCCGGGAGAAGAAGGCGGCUCAGACUCUGGGCAUCGUGGUCGGAGUCUUCAUCCUUUGCUGGCUUCCCUUUUUCACCAUCUUGCCGCUGGGCGCUUUCUUCCCGUCCAUCAAGCCCUCCGACGUGGUUUUCAAGGUGAUCUUCUGGCUGGGUUACUUCAACAGCUGCAUAAACCCCAUCAUCUACCCCUGCUCCAGCAAGGAGUUCAAGCGAGCCUUCACCAGGCUGCUGAAGUGCCAGUGCCGCAGGAGGCGGCACCGUCCCUGGCGUGUGUACGGCCACCGAGACUGGCAAACCUCCACCAAUAGCUCGGAGCGUGGCUUCAAUGGAGACACGAUGACCAGGUCCGCCAUGAGCCAAGAGACAUUGUCAAUAAACAGCUCCUCCGCACUGAGCCGUGAGCAGUGGGGGAGCAGCGAGGGGGCCAGCGAAGGUGGAGUGGCUAACCGAGCCCUCAGCCGCCAGAGCUGGAGACUCUUCCCCUCCUUGUCCAAAUCGCCCUUCCAACUCAGAGAGAAAAUGAACAACCUCUCCAACAAAAUCAGGAUGGGACAGCAUCAGCCCUGUGCAUCAGCCGUCACUAAGGUCGAGGGCAUUCCAGUGGAGUCCAUCUCCAUCGGAGUGUGCCACGAGCUCAAAGAGCAAGCCGCUUAUCAAAUAUAUGAGGUUACUGAUUCCUUUGGACUGAAAGAGACGGAUAUUUAAGAUGAAGCAGCAGGAUUGUUGGAGAGAGAUGCAUGUUCUGUAAAUGUGUUUGUUCAAGGAUCGUUGUUGCUUUCGCCUUUCCAAUUUUGACUUGAGAAUGGAUAAAGGGUUUAAAAAGUAUACAUGCUGGGAAGUUCCUCAGGUGCUGUCCUGAUUGUGUUCCCUGUAUCUUCCUUGAGACUCCUCUGGCUCAUGCUUCCUUCCAUGUUCCUUUAGAAAACACCCAAUCUGUAUCAUCCACAUUCCUCCAGGGAAGCCCAAUCAGCUCCAACCAUGAUCCCCUGUGAAUUUCCAAACAUCAUAUCACAUUCCUCUAAGGUCCCCUAUUCAUCCUAAAUAUUUUCUUCUAGGCAUGUCCCAAUCACCCCAUCAUGUUCCUCCACAUAUCCCCAAUUGUCCCCCUUCUCUUGGCCCCCUGUCAUCUCUAACCAUGUUCCUCUGGGAAUCCCCCAUUGCUUCCUUUGAUAGUCAAGAGUCUCCUUCCCAGAGUGGAAAUGUCAAAUACUAGAGGGCGCAGCUUUAAGGUGAGAGGAGGAAAGUUUAAAGGAGAUUUGCAAAAGUGGUAGGAAAGUGCCUGGAACGGGCUGCCGGGGUAGUGGUGGACUCAGAUAUGACAGUAGAGUUUAGGAUGUAUGUACAUGAAGGGAAUGGAGGGAUAUGGACCAUGUGCAGGCAGGUGGGAUUAGUUUAAUUUGACAUCAUGGUUGGCACAGACCUGGUAGGCCGAAGGGCCUGUUCCUGUGCUGUACUAUGUUCUAUAUUCCACGUUCUAUGUUCCAUGCUUCUAUUCAUGUUCCCCUAGGCAUGACUCAAACACCUACAGGGGUGCAGUGAUUGUGAAAACCCUUGAAUAACCUUAUCUAAUCAGACCCAACCAUGUUCCUUGAGGUUAGUCAUAAUUUCUCUUUGUGGUCCUUGAGUGGUCUCCCUUUUUUCUGCCCCACAUCUUGCCCUUUGAGGAUUCCCCCCACAGUCUCCCCUCACACCAUGCCCCUCAGAGAUUCCACCCCAAAUCACCCCAUACUGUUCUCCUUGAGGUACCUCCCUGACAAUAGUCACCCCCACCCUCACCAUCAUAUUUCUCAUUUGCUCCCCCUCUCCACACACCCCUGGUUUCUCUCCCCAUGCUCCUGUAGUGUCUCCCACGCCAUCCCUGGUCCUUGUGAAAGUUAAACCAAAAAGAACUAGCUCAGGUCCAUGCAGCCCACUACGUUGUCAGUGCUGUUCCUCAGAGGUGACUAACUGGUUCGGGGAACUGGAAGUUCCUCCCACUGGGACAGUUGGCAAAAAAUGAACCACUAGAGAAACUCAGUGGGUCAGGCAGCGUCUGUAGAGGGAAAUGGACAGUUGAUGUUUCCAGUCUGUUUUUUUGCUCCAGAUUCCAGCAUCUGCUGUAUCUUAGUUUUCCAGUAACAUACUGUGUUCCCAGAAGGAAUUAAUGCAGGUCAUACAGAGUAGGGAUUUAUUCUGUUUCUGGCUGUGGCAGAAGAGCUAGUCACUGAGUACUGGAUGUGGAAUAAGACCCAGUCCCCAAACGCACCCAUAACCCUCACCCUGAAAAUCAUCAAAGGAACUAAGAAAUGAUCUUGGAUCAUUCCUUAUGGGAACCGAAAACCAGGCCUGGAGUGCCACAGGCAGACAACAGUAAAGAAAUAACGACGGCUCUUUGGAAUAAAGGUCCUUCAGGGUUUUUCACAGUGUCACAUUUAAGCUGUUCCCAUUGUCAAUUGCAGGGGCAUUUUCAAAGUCCUGUCGAACUUCCUGCUAGCUUUAACUAAUGCCACUCGACUCAAUAACAGGAACUCCAUAUGUAUUUUCGCACUUUAAUGGGUAACAGAGAAUUGUAGAUCUUUGAAAGUGUAGCAGGUGCCAGGGGCCGUCAGUCAAUGCCCCCUGCCAACGUCUUAAUCCCUUAUAAAGUCCACUGGGUUAAUUUCACAUCUGAAGCUCCUUACAGUGGAGGAGCUUCGAGUCUUGUAGUGAGCCGUCAAAGCCUCGGGAACCUGCCGGGAGUACACCGUAUUGAUUCCUUUGAUUACUUAAAUCAGGAAUAGUUUAGAAUAUUUGCCUGUGGGUGGAGCUGCAACAACACUUAAGCAGCUCCAGUGCUCUUGAGCUGAUAAGCACACACUUCCUCCACCACUAUUCUAUCCACAACGUGGACUGCAGUACCUUCUUAGGGCUUCUUCAAAAGCAUCUCCUAAAUCCCUAAUCCUCUGCAUUCCUGACAAUCCACAGCCAAGUUACAUUCUGUCCUGAUUCCUCAAAGGCAAUUAGCAAUGGCCAUUAAAAGCAGGCCUUGCCAACGAUACCCCCAUCUGAUGCUCAUGGCUCACUAGAUAACAACUCAGAAGGAAGCCGGAUGACAUUGCCCCUUAAGAGGAUGAAAGGUCAAGUGUGCUUUCUCUAAUGUGGCUUCAACAGAGGUCAUCUGACAAAACUAGGACUGUGGCACUGUACAAUCGGUGUGGCACAGUGGGACUCCACUGGCCUUUGGAGAGUUUUCCUUCUCUGUGUGCUUGGGCCUGAAGUGUGCAGCACAGACAAUUCCCUUCUUGAAUGGGCUCCUACUGAAGACCAAGUAUCUGCUGGAACUUUACAUCCACAGAGAGUAACAAGUGUGGACCUUAUAAAUGUACAAGUUCAGACCUGUCCAUCUCAUUCACCUCUCUGAAGGUUUAUGAGAUCGGCUUUUAUUAUAGUAAAGUCCAAGGUUAUCUACAAUCUCAAACUUGUUGUGAUUCUUGUAUGGUGUUUCUCAGUGGUAUCCUUUCACCAUAAAAGUACAGAGAAUAAAUUGGUUUACACAAGUGAAUGGCUCUGGGUUGGAAGUUAAUGUCUGUCUCUUCUUAAUCUUCAGUACUUAAUCUCAAACAGAAACUCUUCCUGAAAUGAAAUGAGGAAAUUAUAAGUAUGGGAAAUCGAAACGACUAUUUAGCCCAGAGCUUAAUAUGGUUUUAAUGAGGUAUUAAUGGCCAAACAAUAGGGCCUGAAAUUUCAUUUUAGUCUGGGUGUUUCAUCUGCACAGCUCACAUAACGUGGAGGAGGAGUGAGGCCGAUGGGGAGAUGGGGCUGGAAAACAAGGGUGAAUGCAGCCUUAUCUGUUACCUAUGUAGAGGGGUGAUUGGGGAAUUCCACUGUGGAAGAAGAUUUAUCUUACACACAAUUUCAACCUUCCUCACCACUGUGGGGCAUGUCUACAGUGGUUAGUCUUCAAUACAAGCCCAUAAAGGAAGGAAUUGCCUGUGCUGCCCACACAGGUAAACGACAGGCCCAAGCACAAAGGGACAAAAGUCAGUAGUGUUCCACUGAGCUACAGAGAUUGUACGCUGCCACAGUCCUAGUGUUGUCAGAGGACCUCAGUUUAGGCCACGUUAGGGAAUGCACACUUGGCCUUUUAGCCAUCUGGAAGGGGAUAAUGUUGCUAGGCUGCCCUCUGGGCUGUUAUCCAGUGAGCCAAGCAGGCAAGCAUCAGUUGGGUGUGUCAUUGGCAAGGUCCACAUUUAUUGGCCACAAUAAUACAAACCCUCUGCUUCAGUCUCCCCAAUCACUGGGAGUGCUCACUCUUGAGAAGACUGUCAAACAAUAGUGGUGAAAGGGAACCCAUUACCCAUGUAAAAGUUCAGUGUUGCAGCAGGUAGAGCAGUUGCCUCACAGCUCCAGUGACCCAGGUUCAAUCCCGACCUCCAGUGCUGUCUCUGCGGAGUUUGCAUGUUCUCCCUGCAACUGUGUGUGUGUUUCCUCCAUGAGCUACAGUUUCCUUCCACAUACCAAGGACAUGCUGGUUAAUUGGCUGCUGUAAGUUACCCCUUAUUGUAGGUGGGUAGAAGGACAGGGGAGGGUUGAUGGGCAGGUGAGAGAGAACUAGCAAAUGUUGAAUGGACAAAAUGUUCUCCACCUAUGUCAUAAAAAUGAGAAAUAUUCUGUAAAUAUCAUUUGUAGGAGACUAUUUAUCCAUCAAUCAUUAAUAGGCAUAACUUAAAGAACACCUAUAAAUAAUAUUGGGAACACUCAGUGUUAUAGAAACAGUUCCAACUGCUUGGGUAGUACCAGAACUACUCAAGAAAAGUUAAAAAUGCAUCUGCAUUGCACAACUCCAGUCCAAACCUUCCUAGCUCUCCCAUUAGCCAUGAUUGAAGAGGAGUGGUGGCACCAGCAAGUUUAUAAAGCUCUGACCUUGCUUUCUAGUUGAAGGUACAGAGGAAGGGAACAAUAGAUGCAAUGUGACAAUGGGUAACGUUAGAAGUAACUCGGUUGCAGUACACCGCAUAAGUUGGACAUUGUUUUGGUGUGAUUGUAAAUGGGAAUAUUAGAUUCACACAAUUUUAAGCCAAAAUAGGUAUGAGGAUUCACCUUAUGAGGUGCUGGUGAAUAAACUCUUCCCUCUAGUUCUAUGGACUCAAUAAAGCUGAAUGUGAUGUUUCACAUUGUAUUGUUUUAAUGUUUACAAAUAGGUAUUUUGGGGCUUGAAGCAUUAUUGGGAAAAAGCAGAAAACUAUGUGUUUAGUCAUUAUCCUGUUUCUGUGCUUGUCAAGUCUCCACAGCAGAGGUUCUGGGCAGUGGAGGUAUAACUUCCUCUGGUCACGAUAUGUAGCAUCAUCAUAAAUGUUGGCCAAGAUGCCUUCUCUGUAGUCUUCCUGCAGAAAGGAGGCAGUUCUGAUUCCACCUGAAUUGCUGAGGAAAUUAAUAUAAACCCAUUUGCAAUGUAGACAGACAAAUGUACCGUCUGUAUACAAACUCCUUAAAUUAUAUUGUUAUUCCAUGUCUGCUGUUUUUGUAAGUCACCUAACACCAUAUUUGAUGUUAAAUUAUAUUUUGGUUAUUUUCCAAAUGUCU